AUGGCCUCAACAACUACCCCCGGCAUUCCGCCUGUCACUCUCGACACCAUCACCCAGCAGAUCGGCAAUACCCCUCUCGUCCGAUUGAAUCGCUUGCCCCGCAGCCUCGGAAUCGAUGCUACUGUCUAUGCCAAGUUGGAAUACUUCAAUGCCGGUGGCAGUGUGAAGGAUCGCAUUGCCUUGCGCAUGAUCGAGGAGGCAGAGCGAUCUGGUCGCAUCAAGCCUGGUGACACCCUCAUCGAACCCACCAGUGGCAAUACUGGUAUUGGUUUGGCGCUGGUCGGUGCUGUCAAGGGCUACAAGACUAUUAUCACACUCCCGGAGAAGAUGUCCGCCGAAAAGGUCGCUGUCCUCCGUGCCUUGAAUGCCACCAUUAUCAGAACCCCCAACGAAGCCGCUUAUGAUUCCCCCGAAUCACACAUCGGUGUCGCCAGACGUCUCCAAAAGGAAUUGCCAAACGCGCAUAUCUUGGAUCAGUACGAAAACGUGAACAACCCGCUGGCCCACGAACUUGGUACCGCCGAGGAGAUCUGGACCCAGACCAAUGGCCAGAUCAAGGCCAUCGUGGCCGGCGCUGGAACUGGUGGCACGAUCACAGGUCUCGCCCGUGGUCUCCGCAAGCACAACCCCGAUAUCAAGGUGAUCGCCGCUGACCCCUUUGGCUCUAUUCUGGCCCUUCCCUCGUCCUUGAAUGAAGCUCGGGCCAACGAGCCGUACAAGGUCGAGGGUAUCGGGUAUGACUUCAUUCCCGAUGUUCUGGAUCGAGAGGCCGUGAACGAGUGGAUCAAGACUGAAGACCGCGAGUCUUUCAAAUACUCCCGCCGUCUUAUCGCCGAAGAAGGCCUGCUGGUUGGUGGCAGCAGUGGUAGUGCCAUCGCCGCUCUGGUCAAGGCCAACGAGGCCAACAAAUUCUCCAAGGACGAUGUUGUCGUUGUGGUCCUUCCGGACAGCAUCAGAAGUUAUCUUUCCAAGUUCGCCGAUGAUGACUGGCUUGCGGCCAACGAUCUGCUGCCGUCGCUUCCGGCCGUUGCAUCAACCACCCAAGCUCACACCGCCGAGUCCGAUCCUUUGGCCAAUGCCAAGGUCAGCGCAUUGCGCCUGAAGCCCAUCACCACCGUGACUGCCAGUUCCCCUUGCGAGACUGCCAUCGAGACCAUGCGGGACCGCGGCUUUGAUCAACUUCCCGUCCUGGCCCCCUCUGGCCGUAAGCUCGUUGGCCUCGUCACGUUGGGCAAUGUGCUUAGCCGACUGACCCACGGCCGUGCCUCUGGCACCAGCCCUGUCUCCGAUGUCAUGUUCGAUUUCUCGAAGAUCUCAGAGGUGGUGACGGAUCCCCGUGAUUUGACCAAGAUGGGCUCCAAGCUGCCCCGCAGCCGUGGCUUUAUUGAGAUCACAAUGGACACCCCACUGAGCGUUUUGAACCGCUUUUUCGAGUGGAACAGUGCUGCGGUGGUGACCGAGAAGGAUGAUAGUGGCGCGAUGAAGCCCUUGGCUGUUGUGACCAAGGUUGACCUGCUCUCCUGGAUGCUCAACCAGGGCAAGGCAACGAAGGCUUAA